GUUGGUGAGGUGUGCUGCCAUUAUCGGCCUGAACUUCACCAUGGAGCUGCUGUUCGACCUUCUCCCGGGCUGGGACAUGCAGAUGAUGAUCAUGGCCCUGGCGACCCUCGUGAAGUCCAACAUCUUCCGUUGCUUCCGGAAUGGCAUAGAGCUCCGAAUGGCCCUGAAACAGAACGUGGCCUCAUUUGAGGUGAACCCUGUCUCCGAAGCCCUUCAAGGGAUAGCUCUCAGCGAGGAGGAAGAGCUCCGUGAGCUGGCAGAAGACGUGGUUGAGUGCGACAUCAUUCGAUUCUGCAGGCCUAUGAUGCAGAAGACAGCCUAUGAGUUGUGGCUGAAGGACCAGAAGAAAGCCCUGCACUUGAAAUGUGCCUGCUUUUUAGAGGCAAACGCCCACAGGUGUGAUCACUGCCGAAGCGGGGACUUCAUCCCCUAUCACCACUUCAUGGUGAACAUCCGGCUCCACACUCUGGACCUGCAUACGAUUAAGAAGAUGGCUAAGUCCUGCGGAUUCACAAGUAAACUUACUUUAUUCCUUGUCAGUCCUACCUAUUCCUGGGGAAGGCAGUGGGUCUGACCCUUGAGGGCUUCAUGCCCCUCGAAGCUUCGGCUCCCUCCACAAAUGGCGAGACUUGAGUACCUUAUGUCACUGGGGUGGGGUCAAGGGGGCCAUGUGAGCAGCUGAGUCCACGGAAACAGUCUUGCUGUGAGACCAUCAGAGAGGGUUUGGGGACCAGGAGUCUAGUAAAAUGGGGUGCAACCAGAGCUCAAAGGAAAAUAUCCAGAAGGAUAAAAUUGACACAGCUUAAUUCAUACCAAGGGAUGGAAUAGAAGGUUCAGGGCGAGGGUGGAAUAGGUCUCACUCAUUGAAGCAGAAACUAGAGCAAGAGGGAGUGUCUCGGCAGGUAAGAAGCCUGUGCUCUGUCAGUCAAGUUUGAAACAAGGUUCCA